ACACCGAGCUCUUGUUUGUUUAAAUCUUCAUCUGUUCCCUCCCCUUUUAAUGAUCUGCGGUUCUAGUUUGUGUGUCGCCAAACUGUGAUCAAGUGAGAGAGCUGAAAGGGUGCGUUCGCUGCAGUUUAGGAAAGUUCGGACUUGGGCACAACUUUUGAUGGAUUAAGUGACAAUGGCUCAGACAGAAGUUCAGAUGGAAAUUGAAAGAAUUUGCUGUUCCAUCUGUCUGGAUCAACUGAAGGAUCCGGUGGCUAUUUCCUGUGGACACAACUACUGCAUGAACUGUAUUACUGCCCACUGGGAUGAAGAGGAUGAGAAGAAACUCUACAGCUGCCCUCAGUGUAGGCAUACCGUCACACCGAGGCCUGUCCUGGUGAAGAACACCAUGUUGGCAGAUCUAGUGGAAGAGAUGAAGAAGACUGGACUCCAAGCUGCUCCUGCUGAUCACUGCUAUGCUGGAGUUGAAGAUGUGGCCUGUGAUGUCUGCACUGGGAGGAGACUGAAGGCCCUUAAGUCCUGUCUGGUGUGUCUGGCUUCUUACUGUAAGAAACAUCUUCAGCCUCAUUAUGACUCACCAACAUUUAAGAAUCACAUGCUGGUGGACCCCUCCAACAAGCUCCAGGAGAACAUCUGCUCUCGUCACAAUGAGGUGAUGAAGAUGUUCUGCCGUACUGAUCAGCAGUGUAUCUGUUACCUCUGCUCAAUGGAUGAACACAAAGGCCACGACACAGUCUCAGCUGAAGCAGAAAGAACCGCGAGGCAGAGAAAGCUGGGGUGGAGUCGAAUAAACAUCCAUCAGAGAAUCCUGAACAGAAAGGACUACCUGAAGCUGCUCCAACAGGAGGUGGAGGCCAUCAACGUCUCUGCUGAUGAAACAGUGGAGCACAGUGAGCAGAUUUUCACCGAUCUGAUCCGUCUCAUCGAGAAAAGAAGAUCUGAAUUGGAGCAGCAGGUCAGAUCCCAGCAGAGAACUGAAGUGAGUCGAGUUAAAGAGCUUCAGGAGACGCUGGAGCAGGAGAUCACUGAGCUGAGGAGGAACAGUGCUGAGCUGAAGAAGAUCUCACAGACAGAGGACUUCAACCAGUUUCUACACAACUACCGCUCACUGUCACCCCUCAUUGAGUCCAAAGAUUCAUCCAGUGACUUUACAGACUCAUCCAGUGACUCUACAGACUCAUCCAGUGACUCUAUAGAUUCAUCCAGCAUCAACAGCCGAACUCUGAGAUACUUUGAGGACGUGACAGACGCUGCUUCAGAAGUCAGAGAUGAACUACAAGACGUCCUGAGAAAAAAAUGGACAAACGUCUCACUGGCGGUGAGUAAAGUGGAUGUGUUCCUGCCACAAUCAGAGCCCAAGACCAGAGCUGGAUUCUUAAAGUAUUCACGUAAAAUCACUCUGGAUCCAAACACAGCAAACACACGGCUGUUAUUAUCUGAUGGGUACAGAAAAGCAACAUGUAUGAGGGAAAACCAGUUUUAUUCUUGUCACCCAGAAAGAUUCAGUGAUUAUAAUCAGGUCCUGAGUAGAGAGAGUCUGACUGGACGUUGUUACUGGGAGGUGGAGAAAGGUCUGGGUGGAAUUCAUGUAGUAGUAGCAUACAAAGACCAUAACACUGUAAAUGUGAAAUUUGGAGAGAGUGAGAAGUCGUUUGCAUUAGGUUUUUUCAAACAGCGUUAUGAAUUUAAACAUAACAAAGUCGUCACUACUAUCUCAGCUCCUCACUCCUCCAUUGUUGGAGUGUACCUGGAUCACAGAGCAGGUAUUCUGUCCUUCUACAGCGUCUCUGAAACCAUGACUCUCAUCCACAGAGUCCAGACCACAUUCACUCAGCCUCUCUAUGCUGGACUUGGUAUGUGUGGUCCAAUUGGAAGCACUGCUGAGCUGCGUGAGUUGACAGGGGCAAACCUGGUCAAAUAGAUAAUGUGGGAACCAGAAUGUUGCCUUUCUGUUCAUUCUUGUUUUAAGUGCUUGGCACAGUGGUACCUGGUGUUUGCUCUUCCUGUGACUGCUCAUGCUAUAAAUAAGCCUGCAACACUACAGAGCCCUAAAAGGGGCAUGGGCAAAACUCAGAGGUUCUCACAGGGGUCUUACAAGAUGAGGACUUUCCUAUAGGAAAAUGAUUUUCCUAUGAAAAAGGGUCACCGAUUGAAAGUCCUUUAAUACACUGAAAAUUAUGUACAUUUUUAUAAGAUCCUUGAUAAAUACUUCACUUAAAGUCCUGUUUUUAAAUAUUCCAUUUUUAUAUUUGCAGUAAACAUAAGAAAAUGAACGACUGUUUUAUCUUUAAAUCGGGCCAUAUUGAUGGACACCUUUUUAUUUGCUUUUAUUGUUGUAGGUCUGGCACAUACUCUCUAUGUUAAUUUUGAGUAUACUUUGCAUUAAAAAAAAGUAAUAUAUACCAUCAAUAUCCUCAAAAUAAAUAAAUAUAAUAUAUAACCUCACCAUCAAUAUCCUCAAAAAUAAUUAAAUUUAAAUAAUA